CGGUAGGGCUACCAUAUACUUGAUCCCAUGAAAGCCUGGCCCUGUCUACGGAUCCAACCCCCAUCAGUCGCAGCGACCAUGGCCGUUAGGAAGUCCCGCAACGAACACUCUUUCAACACGAUUGCGGAACCAGAGAUCCUCAGAACUGUUCUUCAAAAUGACAUCUUCAUUUUCGGUUUACCCUUCGCUAUCUUGUGCCAGUUCGCUCACCCGGCCCUCGCAAAAGGUAGCUAUAGUCAUUCCAACUUCUCUUCACGGCUCGAGCUGCGCCUUCGCAACACUCUCCGAUUCAGCAAUGCGGUACUAUUUGGGACGCAGCAAGAAAAACAGUCUAUAGUCUCUGUGAUUCAUCGACAUCACUCCCGCGUCAAAGGAGCUGGCUAUGAUGCAGAUGACCCCGAACUGCACAAAUGGACCGCAGCGACGAUCUUCAUGAGCAUCCUCAAUGUUCAUGAGGAGUUCAUCGGAAAGUUGCCACAAAGCACGAAAGAAACCCUGCUACAGGAAUCAGCCAUAUUUGGAUCUUCGCUAAGAAUGCCCCCCACAAUGUGGCCGUCAACGAUGGAUGAAUUCUGGAAGUAUUGGAAUCAUAAUAUUUCCACGCUUCAAAUUACCCCCGAAGCGCGCAGACUGAGCCAGCAUGUCCUAUAUCCUCAAAACACGCCGCUUUGGAUGUCCAUUGGGGCUCCGCUCAUGCGCCUCGUUACUGCGAGCUGGCUACCAGACCGGCUGGCGAGGGAGUAUAGUUUUCAACCUUCCAUGAUGGGCGAGCUUAUGUACUACCAUUUUGCGCUGUCGAUGCGUGUUGCAUAUCCAUUGAUCCCGGCAGCCUUAAGCCAGCGACAGCAUCGCUUUUAUAUGAACGAUCUCAAAGAGACACUCAAGCGGUUGAGGAGGGAUUAAGAAGCUUAUUGGUUGAGUUAAGUUCGUUUGCCAAAGGGCUUAGGGUCACCGACUCUCUGAUUAAGCAGAUCGCCCUGUUCCUUGCGUCGAAAAUCAAUUAUUGAUCGGACCUUGGCUUCAAUUUCAUGCAAUAGGGCCCACUAGCCUUGUAAGGGGAGAACUAUCUGACAUAUUGGUGCUCAA